AUGGGGAGGUUGCCCGCAGCCUGCAGCUGGCACCGGGCUACGACCACAACCUUCCGCGUCGGUCCCUGCUCAAGGAGCGCACCCCGCCGCGACCAUCUCGGCCCGAGCUGUUGUGCUCCCCUCCCAGCACUGCGAAGCCCGCGCGCGCCCUUCGAGGGGGCGGGCCUCGGCGCCAUUCGAAGGAGGGAUAGGAGGAGAAGAAGUCAUGGUGCCCUGGUGUCGGUGGGCGCACGGCGGUUGGUGUUUGCCGGUGCUGCUGCUGGCGCAGCGGGCGCAGCUGCUGGCCCGGGCCGAGAACCCGGCGCUGCGGGGGGCGGUGGAUUACACAGUAGAGCAGGUGCUGGUGUUCGACGCCGGGAGCAGCGGCACGCGGAUCCAUGUCUUCAAUCUCCACCGCUUGUGCGUGGCGCGCACGUGCCCCGGAUCGACCUCUCGGUGCGCGACGCGCAGACGAAGAAGGUGAAGCCAGGGCUGUCCAACUACGCCAAGGAACAGACCUUCGAGGCGGCGGGGCGGAGCAUCCGGCAGCUGCUCGACUUCGCGGACGAGUUCGUGCCGGCCGAGCGCCGGGCUCGCACGCCGGCGCUGCUGAAGGCCACCGCGGGGCUGCGGAGCGUCGGGGAUCAGGACGCCGCCGCGGUGUUGAAGUCGGUACGUCAGGCGCUCGCGAGCAGCGGGUACAGGUUUGAGGACGAGUGGGCCGACAUCAUCAAGGGGAAGGAGGAGGCGGGGCUCGCCUGGGUUGCGGCGAACUACCUCAGGGGCACCUUUGACGACGACCUCCGCGCCGAGGGCUCGCUAGGCGUUAUCGAGAUGGGGGGAGGUUCCACGCAGGUGUCUUUCCAGGUGGGCGGCGCCGACACAGUCGCCCCGGACGACAGUUUCGUCCUCACGACAGCCACGGGCAGAGAGUACCGCUUGUACGCCCACAGCUACAUUGGCUUCGGGCAGGAUUACGCACAGAUGCACCUGCGGGAGAGGGGACCGACCUCGCAGGCCAAGGACCCCUGCUACCCCGUCGGCUACCACAGGAACUCGGGAGAUAGCCUGGUCGAGGGCUCUGGAGAUCGGCAGGCUUGCCAGCAGGGCAUCGUGGAGAGGCUUUUCGAUGGGCAGGAGGGCGCCCCUGGGCACUACGCCAGCGAGCUGCCGCUGCGCGGCAAAUUUGCCUGCACCGAGAACUUCUUCUACGUCCGCAGCAACGAGGCCCUGCCCAUCUCGGGCGGCCUGGCCUCCAUGGACGCGCAGGCAGGAGAGAUCUGCUCGAGGGCGUUGGUGCCGACGCCAGAGCAGGCGGCCAUCAUGGACUCCGGCAAGGAGCCCGACCGGCCAAACUCGUGCUUCGGCCUGUCCUACCAGGUGGUGUUGCUCCAACAGCUGGGCGCCCCGACGCUGCCUGGCGUCGAGGUGGUGAUCCAACGGAAGAUCAACGGCGGCGACAUCGACUGGGCACUGGGCGCCGCCCUCGUCCACGGCCUCGCCACCUUCCCGCGCCCCGGUGGCCUGGGCCCCGAGGACGGGGCCCCAGCGUACUACAGGGUCCUCGCGGUGCUGGGCAUGCUGGCCAUGGUGCCCCUGUUGCGGGCGGCGCUCGGCCCGCUGAUCUGGAAGGGGCGCGGGGCGGCGCCCGCCUCCAAGGUGGCCACCACUGUGUUCGGCAAGGUGGCCGGGCCGGCCGAGUGA